UUAGAGAGCUAAAUAAUAAAUCUCUUAACUAUUUUUUUAGAGCCAAAGCUUCUUUGGCUUUUGAAACCCCUCUCUCUGUCUUUCACUCGCUUUCGCACACUGCGUUUCGAUGAGCUAAGAUGGUUCAACAAACGAUAGAUUCAAAAUUUAGUGAGUAUGGGCUCAGCAAUACUGAUACUAACUUGUCCACACAUGAUAAGCAAUUCCCACUUGUUUUAAAGAAGACAGCAUUAAGAGAUGUGCAGAAUGAAAAUAGAAUUCCCAAAUCUGUUGGAAAUUCUCCAUUAUCAAAGGACAGAGGACAGACUAUGAACAGCUUUAAGGUUUCUGGAGCCAAGAGACCAUCGUCUGAGGGCCUGAUGAACCCUCCAGUUCUCCGAUAUGAAUCUUCAUCUAGUGGUGCUCCAAAUUCUCAUCUUGUUUAUGUCCGCAGGAAAUCUGAAGCAGAAACAGGCAAGCUUGGUCAUCAUGAGGAGACUGUUCAACGAAAACCCUCCCAGAUAAAGGAGCCAACAGUCUCUUCCUUUCAAGCAUUGGCACCUGUGCCUGUGGCUCCCCCAAUAAGUUCAACUGGAAAACCUUCAGUUCCUCUUCCUCUUGGACAGUCUAGCAUAAGGUUUGCACCAGCAGAAUCUAGUUGUCAUCCUGUUGGUUCCACUGCCCCUUCAUCUAAUCCAAUAGCAGAGAAAAAUAUGCAUUGGGAAGAGCGGUAUUGUCAAUUGCAGAUAUUAUUGAAGAAAUUGGAUGAAUCUGAUCAAGAGGAAUAUGCCCAGAAGCUUCGGUCAGUUUCCUCAGUUGAGCUUAGCAGACACGCAAUUGAGUUGGAAAAGAGAUCAAUUCAACUUUCACUGGAGGAAGCAAAGGAGUUGCAACGUGUUGCGAUAUUAAAUGUCUUGGGGAAAUCGUUGAAGAAUUUUAAAGCACCCUCAACUCAUCAAAGCCAGUCAGAGAAAUAAGAGGAUGUUGGAAUACCUUACUGUGUUAUAUACUCUUUGACUAAAGAGGGGUGAAAAAAGACCCGUCUGCACUUGUUUUGACUCUACUGCAGUGGCUGUCGACAUUUGCUGUAAUAUUGCUCUGGCAGCAUCAGCCGUACUUUAAUCUCUAGCUCCAAAAUCUAUUGACAGUACUGAAUUCUAACCGUGUUGUAAUAUAAUGUUUAGUAAUGUUCAUCUUAAUUGUUUGUUUUUGUUUU